UACCAUUAAUACGUAGUUGUCGCACCACAUCAAUGGAGGUGUCAACAACGAGGGCUUAUAUGAAACCAUAAGAUAUAUAAGAUAAUGGACCGUCUGUACGGAGUGGAGGGGAUGAAGGAGACGGACAGUCAUGUGUACUGUACCCAGGACCUGCUCGGGAGGGGUGCCACGGGCGAUGUAUAUAAAGGGAUCAACAAGACAACAGGCGAAGUGGUAGCCCUGAAGAUGUUUGAGAUCAAGUUUACUUCACAUAUACAGAGGGAGGUAGAGGCUCUGGUAAAACUUCAACACCCAAACAUUGUCCGAUUCUCCCACUGUGAAAAAGAUAGCUUGACGAAGAGGAAUGUGCUGGUCAUGGAACUCUGUGAGAAAGGUAGUUUACUGGAUCUCCUCAAGGAACCAGAAAAUGGCUUCGGUAUGGAUGAGGAAGAGUUUCUCAGGGUCUUCGAGCAUUUAGUAAAUGGUACAAAACAUUUGAGGAACCAAGGUUUUUCUCAUCGAGACAUCAAACCUGGGAAUGUCCUUAUCUUUACAGAUGAUGACGGCAGCAAUGUGUACAAGCUGUCCGACUUUGGUACAGCUAAACCUCUGGGAGACAAAGACUGUUUCAUGUCCCUGGUCGGCACAGAAGAGUAUUUGCAUCCUGACAUAUACAAGGCAGCGUUUAUAGACAACCGUAACUGUCAGGGUUUUGACAUCUCAGCAGACAUGUGGAGCCUCGGAGUGACUUUAUAUCACGCUGCCACAGGACAGGUACCAUUCCAUGCAUACGGUGGUCGCUUUGACAAGGCCAAAACGUAUGAGAUUCUCUCGAACAAAGCAAAAGGUGUGAUAUCAGGCGAGCAACUGGUUAGUGGGGGCCCUAUAGUGUGGAGCAGGGAUCUUCCAAACACUUGCAAGCUCUCCAGGCCCCUGAGGGACCGUACCAGGGACAUUCUCGUCCGCAUGUUCGACAGUGCUAAAGAUACCUCCUGGGGAUUUGACGAUUUCUUUGAUGCAGCAGACACACUCAUUGACCCAAGCGUCCACCAGCUGCAUAUUUUCUCCUCCCUCAACGGUCAGCACUACCGACUUUUUCUGGACAGGGACUCUAGGUACAAAAACCUGUCAGAGGAUAUAAAACGGAUCACAGGCCUGGCUGUAGAUGAACAGGUCACGCUGUGUGAGAAUGGAGAUAUUGUGGGAACACUAAUGCAGGAUACCCCUAUCUACCGGUACCCACAUACCUCCAGAGCAGACCCACUUGUCCUUAUGCCAACAAAGACAGCUGGAAAUGGACCACCGCUGUUUAAAAUUGAAGGCUUUGAUAAAGUCAUUGACAAGCCCUGUGCUGGGUUUCCCACUGUGGUCAAUACUGACCAUGACUAUAGGCUGGCCAAGAAGAUGUGUGAGGUCAUUCAUCUGUCCAGGAAGAUGGUGCGCUCAGCUGUGCUCUCACAGAAACUCCUCACCAGGACCAUCGCUAGGCAUGGUUCAAUGUUUGAUCAGAAGAUUCGCCAGCACCGACGGGAUUUCGACUUUAUCUGGGAGAGAUUUGAUGAUGUGUCCUGCUUCACUACAGAUGAGAUGAAAAAGCAUGCACAAGGCUUUGCAUGUGUAUCUAAAGACGGUGAAGUCAUCGAUGAUAACUUUGACAAUAUCCGAGACAAGCUUCAGACGUGUGGUAAGAGGCUGAAGAAUGUCCGUGAUGAGUACGACGCUGCUAAGGAGGCCUGGAACAUCUCCGACAGCACUGUCCUACAAAACCAGCGCUGGGAGGGAAAGGCAGACCGAAUAGUUGAACUGAGCAAGGCGCGUCUCCAAAAGUUCAGGGAUUACAGAUGUAAGAACAGACUGUCGUACCACGAACAGAAAUUGUUUGCUUUUGACAGGAAGGCUAUGGAGGAUCUCAACAAGAAAGCUCUUCAUGGAUUUGAGGACUGUCGGCAAAGCCUAGCAGAAACACAUCUGAAGUUCAUCGUAUGGCACAGACAUUACACAGGAUUUUCAAAGAGUAUCAAAGAUCUUGGAGGAAAUUUAGAAGAUUUGCGGUCGUCGAUUGGGGAUCUUGUGAAAAUUCUACAGGGAGUACCUGAAACAUUACCCGCUCCCCAGAAACCCGCAUCACUGAUCAGGAAAUCACUAGCACAGGACAUGAAGUUUGGUGUUGAUGGUUUUGGGAAGGAAUUAACAGAGCAUCAGUCUCUGGUAGAACAGACACGUGAACAGAUUACGAGCAUGUCGGAGCUUCUAAAGGACAUGCAUGAUGAUCUUCCGGCGAUCAUAGACUCCAACAUGACCAACACGUGAUCACCAAGGAACUUUUACACAGAUAUAAUGUAUUGCCUAAGAUAAGAUGGGGUUGGGCAUCACGACCCUAUAACAUGACGACGACGAGGAUGGCAUCACAAGAAUAUAUUAAAAACCAAGGACCAUUCGGCAGUCACGUGACGUUAGGACGCUACGUGUGGACUUGAAUUGAUAACGAUAGCUAUUAUGUAAACAUUUCGACCAUCUUUUAGAAUUAUGUAUGAUACAGGACCUAGUGCACUUUGGCUACAGAACAUUUAGAGCAAUAUAUAUAUAUAUGAGCAACAUAUAGAGCAUAUAUCAAUUAUUUUUAUGUUUCCCUUUUCCAGUGUUAUAAAACUGAUAUGCAGGAAAUCUGUUGCUUUUUGCCAUUAUCCACUAUUAUAACAUUUAUUUAACAGUAUUUUGCCUGUCAUAUUGUUGACAUUCCUUAUAUCUGAUCAUUCAAAUGGCUUCUUUUCUGAAAUAUACAAUGGUUGGAGUAUGACAAAGUGAAGUAUGUUCAAUAAGUAAUCAGUAAUGCAAUAAGUAUCGAAAAUAUCGAAAUGAUUGAUCUGAUAAAUAUGAUACUAAAAAUUAUAAUUGACGUAUCUAGUCGUGAUUUCCUCCGUUUUCCCCCUAGACUGUCUUAUUGUGUGCUGGCUAACUAAACGUUUAAUGAGAAGUCGUUAUAUGUAUUUUAGAGUACAGGUUUACCAAUAGAGCUGUAGAAAGAUCCAGAUUUUUGCCUCUGUACUUGUCAAAAGAAUGAGACUAAGUAAUCAUUUUGAUUCAUAUAAAGUUUAUAAAUGACACUGUAUUGAAUACUUUCAAAAUACGUAUUGUAUUGGACAGAGGAUAAGACGUGAACGCUCAACGAGAAGAUAUAGGAGGAGGCCUCGUGCGUUAUUUGAGGGGCGCACCGAACUCUCUUAUUCAUUAAAAAGGUGCCGAGACCAAUAAAAGCAGUUUUAAAUUAAAACCAACACAUAUUUGACCAAACAUGAGAUAAUGUGUGAUAUGAGGUCAAUGAAAUUAUUGCGGUUCAUUGCAACAGAGGAGCCUUUUUGUGUCUUCUUUAAAUACAUGAUAAAAUUCGGUUACUCGAACACUGUUCAAUUUUGAUAAUUCAUGAAGGAAAGAAUAUUGGUUGCCCAAAUAGUUAUACCACAUCUAAAGAUGUUGUUAUUGAUGCUCCCCAACCAAUGUGUGUGUUGAGUGGAUUAAUAUUGUCCUAGACCGAUGUGUGCUCCCCAGCCAAUGUGUGUGUUGAGUGGAUUAAUAUUAUCCUAGACCGAUGUGUGCUCCCCAGCCAAUGUGUGUGUUGAGUGGAUUAAUAUUAUCCUAGACCGAUGUGAGAUAGUAAAAGCCAUUUUGACUGGGACAUGAUUACUAUUUUAUUUUGAUAACUGUCGAGUUUAUUACAUUAUGUAACGUUAACUUUAUACAAUUAUGUUAUAAGUCAACUGAUGCUAUACCUUUUUUGUAUUUAUAACACAACCCUAUGUCAAGUACCACAGCAAUGAAUAUUUCAAUUUCUUCUCAAGUUGGACUUGAUGAACAACCAAUGCCCAUGGCAUUGACCACAUGCCCUGUGCCUUUUUUUUCUUAUUUCACGAUGUUUAGCCAGAAUUGUACUGACGCAACAGUUGAUAUUUUAAAGCAACACCUUUACUGUAUUUUUGUGACAAAGGUGUUGUAUUAAGAAUGAUUUGUUUUAACAUGAUCCACGACAACAGAUAUUCAAUAACGGACGAUGAUUUGACAUGAGUACACGUAGAUGUGCGUCAGCUAAAUGUCUAUUGCCUAAUUAUAAGCUUACAAACGAUCCUAAUAUUACCUAACGAGUUUAAUUGAACUAUGAGGACUGUAUAGUGCUUUGGUCAAUCUUAUUGAGUGAUAAGCUGACAUCAACUGUUUUGCCUCAAGCUCAGCUUCAUUUAUCUCCCCAUGAUAUCGCUCAAAGCAGGAUUUAAACCUCAAAUUAACAAUUAUAUAUGCAUUUCAAGAAAGGAGACAUGAAGUACCAAUGAUGUAAUGAAGUUGUGGGCCCUUCUUCAGGAAGCCAGGUUCUUUUAUUAGUAUACUUCUACAAUAUGUUAAUCUGAAGGAAAGGUUACUCGUUUAAGUGUACUAAUAAUGAAAAUAUUUCUGCACAGAGUAUCUAUUUCGUAUUUACAAAUACAGAUAGUGACAUGUCCACAAUAUAAUAUUUACUGACCAACUUAAAGCGCUUCUACUGAAUUUGCUGUGCAGUUUCCCGACGUAGAAAUUGUCUUUUGAGAACAUAUGCUGAUAUUUUUGAGCAUUCGCAGUGACAGCCUAAAGGAUGGAUAUUAUUGCGGAAACAGCAUAUCCGUCUUCUUUGUAUGUAUUUUUUUUAUUUAUUUGAUUUUUAGUACUCCAUGAAUCAUUCCUAUAACCUUGACUGGGGCCAAUUAUCUUUAGUGUCAAAUGUGAUUUGUACAGUCUCCUUUACAUGAGAAAUAAAAUAUUAAUUAAUAAAAUCA